UCCCAAACCGCGCUCGAUAUUAAUUUAUUUCUCGUUGAGUUUUGCUACGUCAAAACAAGAAGGUCGAUUUUGACGAUCACUCUGAGGUUACAGUUGGGACUUGAAAGACGCAAUUUAACCAUUCAUAGAUAAGUAGAGGCCGUCGUGCUGUGUUUUCUUUGUUCUCUAAACUUUUCCAAUCAUCAUUGAUUUUGACUUUCUCUGCUUCUUUGUGCUCUGUCAUACCUCAAAAUGCGUCCUUUUGCGCUGAUCCUCGCCUUCAUUGUUGGUGUCACCAUGGCUGCACCAGCCCAAGAUAUCACAUCUAACCAGCUCGCUCGACGUGAGGUGGCCGAUGAGGUUCUCGAUGAAGAUAGUGUUGCUGUCGCUGUGAGUGAAAAAGCAGGUCUUCAACCCCGAACCCUUGCUGACAACAUACCAGUAACCGAACGGAACCCCGAGAAUCAGAAACACCGGUUGGAGAUCGACGGAUCACGCCAACAAACAUACAGUAUUCCUCAGAGAAGAUCGAACAGCGGGAUGGUCUGCACUGACCAGAUGACCGUCGGAGGACAGCUGGUGUCGAAGGAUGCCUGAUAUAGAAUGCUUGCAUUCUUAUCAAGCUUGCACUGUCAUGCAAAUGCAAAGAUAACUCCAAUUUACGAUCAUGUAUACCAAUUUCCAUCAACUUCUAUCGAAAUACCUGUAUAUCCCACAUCCUCACUCCAAACCCGUAAAAACGUCAUCGUUCUGACUCUCCCGCUCGAUGUUUGAUAUUCAAGACCAAUAUAAUUACAGCCGAUCAUCCCGUGGAUCAGAGCGGAGACUAAAGCAGACACCCAUGUCAACCAUAAUAAAAGCAAAUAUAGCACACUUAAACACCUUCCUAAAUCACCAAUGGCCCUCUGUGCCCCUCCCAAUGAAACGAAGCGAUAUGGCCCUCUGCUUAGAAAUCCCCACC